UCAUCAAGCUCUGAAUACCGCACUGGCAAGGAGGCAUGAACACUGAUAACGAUAAACGGGACUCAUCGCUGGUGGAUACGGAAGAAAACGGGGGACGCGCUCUGUAAUGCUGGGUUUUAGUCAAAAUGGGUGAGCAUCAGAUCUUCGUGAAGCUAAAUGAAGAGAAGCACAUACCAAAGUCUGACAUCCUGGCACUACUGAGGACCUUCAACUGUUACCACGAAGGGAAAAACUUCCAGCUCAGGACUCGCGAGGAGGAUGGAGAGUUUGUUCUGGAGGGGCUGUUGAAUAUCUACUGGGGUCUCCGCCGACCGAUAAGACUUCAGAUGUAUGAUGACAAUGAAAGAUUUCGCCUGAACAGAUCUGUUGAGACUAAACAGUCAUCCACAGAGUCCAACAAUAACUCCCUGAGCAGAGCGCCUGGACCAGCUGGUGGUGACACAGGAGGUCAGGAUGAAGAGGACUCCCCACAGUUGCUGAGAACCAGGAGCGAUGCUUCCUUCAUGCGGAUUCAGAGGCGGUCAAACACACACACUGCCAGAGACUUGCAGCGAUUACGCACACACAGGUUCUCAAUCAACGGUCACUUUUACAACCACAAGACAUCUGUUUUUACACCUGCUUAUGGUUCAGUAACGAAUGUUCGAGUGAACAGCUUCAUGACGACAGGACAAGUCCUCAACCUGCUGCUUCACAAGUUCAGGGUGGAGAAUAAAUCUGAAGAGUUUGUCCUUUACAUGGUGCACGAGACUGGAGAGAGGACCCGGCUGAGGGAUGGUGAACACCCGCUGGUGACUCGUGUGCUUUACGGACCCUGUGAGAAAAUUUCCAAGAUCUUUAUCACGGAGGCUGAUUUGGGAGAGGAAGUCACAUAUGAUGUUGCCCAGUACAUCAAGUUUGAGAUCCCUGUUUUAGACAGUUUUGUAGAAAAACUAAAAGAGGAAGAGGAACGGGAGAUAAUCAAACUGACAAGAAAGUACAGCACUCUGAGGUCUAUGAUUCUACAUCAGCUCGAAUGCAGAACUCAUGACAGUGACAGAGUAUGAGUGUAUGUAUGUGUGUGUGUGUGUGUGUGUGUGUGUGUGUGUGUGUGUGUGGGCGGCGGGGGGGGGGGUUACAACACUAAGGUUGAUUUACUGUGGAAAAUUCAAAUACUGUACGUAAUGGUAAACAAGUGCUUCUACUUUUAGAAAUCAAUACUUUGUAGGAUCUCUUUGUAUUAUAUGUUCUUAUGACAGUUUUGAUAUCUGCCACUAAUAUAUUCAUACUUUGUAUUAAAACUCCUUCAGCACAUAUACUGAUAUUUAUUCAAAAGGUUUUUUGCUAUGUAUCUUUUAAUAAAACUGCUUCAAUGUUG